AUGCGGACUCUCCUUGGCUUUGUGCAUUGCUGCUGCUGCUGCUGCUGCUUCUUGCUCCUCCUGCCUCCGCCGCUCUGGGUCAGCCUGGCAGCGGCAAAGCAGCUCCUGAGGUACCGGCUGGGCGAGGAGGGAGCCGCCGAAACCCCCACACGCUACAUGGCUUCCGACCUGGGAAUUGUGACGGGCUCCGGAGAGGUGACAUUCAGCCUGGAAUCGGGCUCCGACUAUCUCAAGAUCGAUAACAUAACCGGGGAGCUGAGCACCACGGAGCGGCGCAUCGACCGCGAGAAGCUGCCGCAGUGCCAGAUGAUCUUCGACGAGAACGAGUGCUUCCUGGACUUCGAGGUGUCGGUCAUCGGCCCCUCGCAGAGCUGGGUGGACCUCUUCGAGGGCCGGGUCAUCAUCCUGGACAUCAACGACAACACCCCCACCUUCCCUUCCCCUGUCCUCACGCUGACCGUGGAGGAGAACCGGCCCGUGGGGACCCUCUACCUGCUCCCCACCGCCACCGACAGGGACUUCGGCCGCAACGGCAUCGAGCGCUACGAACUGCUGCAGGAGCCCGGCGGGGGCGGCGGGCGGCGCCGGGGGGGGGGGGGCGGGGGCCGGGGGGGAGCCGCGGUUCCCCCUCUCCCUUCUGCCCCGCAGCCUCUUUGACGCCGUCUCCUCCCUGAUCCGGAACAAGAUCCACCGCUUGCCCGUCAUCGACCCCGACUCGGGGAACACACUCUACAUCCUCACCCACAAACGCAUCCUCAAGUUCCUCAAACUCUUUACGAGCUCGGCCCAGGCUGUGCCAGGUACCGCCGGCUCCGGGGCGCUGGGGUGGGUGCAGCUUCGGUGCCUCGCGGCGUAUGGUGGGUGCUGGGGGGUCCCCGGGACGCCGCGUGGGCUCCGGGGGCCACCGAGUCCGUCAGGCGCCUGCUGCGGCUGGAUGAGACCUCUGGCUGGCUCAGCGUCUUGCACCGCAUUGACCGGGAGGAGGUGAACCAGCUUCGCUUUACUGUCAUGGCUCGAGAUCGGGGCCAGCCCCCCAAGACAGACAAGGCCACAGUCGUGCUGAAUAUCCGCGACGAGAACGACAACGUGCCCACCAUCGACAUCCGGAAAAUCGGGCGCAUCCCACUCCGUGAUGGGGUGGCUAGCGUGGCCGAGGAUGUGCUGGUGGAUACCCCCAUCGCCUUGGUGCAGGUGUCAGACAGGGACCAAGGUGAAAAUGGCGUGGUGACCUGCACUGUGGUGGGUGACGUGCCUUUCCAGCUCAAGCCGGCCAGUGAGGGUGAAGGGGAGCCACAAAACAAGCGCAAGUAUUUCCUCCACACCUCAGCCCCUCUGGACUAUGAGGCUGUCCGUGACUACAAUGUGGUGAUCGUGGCUGUGGACUCAGGCAGCCCCAGCUUGUCCAGCAACAACUCCUUGCUGGUGCGGGUUGGGGACACUAACGACAACCCUCCCGUGUUCAGCCAGGCCGUACUGGAAGUCUCCUUCCCAGAGAACAACUUGCCUGGUGAGAGGGUGGCCACGGUGGUUGCCACGGAUGCUGACAGUGGCAAGAAUGCUGAGAUCACCUACUCCCUGGAAGCCUCACCCCUCUCCUCAGAGGCACCAGGUGGCAUCUUCAGCAUUGACCCUGACUCCGGGGAUGUGUCAGUGCAGGCGGUGCUGGACCGCGAGCAACGUGACACCUAUGAGUUCCAGGUGACGGCCCGGGACAAGGGGGUGCCAUCACUGCAGGGUUCCACGACGGUGGUGGUGCGGGUGGCAGAUCGCAAUGACAACGAGCCACGCUUCAUGCAGGAUGUGUUCACUUUCUAUGUGAAGGAGAACCUUCAGCCCAACAGCCCUGUGGGCAUGGUGACCGUGAUGGACUUUGACAAGGGCCGCAAUGCUGAGCUCAGCCUCUCCAUCCAGCCCGGUGACCAUGACCAGGCAGCCGGCAUCUUCUCCAUCGAAAAUGACACCGGAACCAUUUUCUCCACCGUCUCUUUUGACCGGGAGCAGCAGACCAGCUACACUUUUAAGGUGAAGGCUGUGGAUGGAGGCGAGCCACCACGCUCAGCCACCGCCACCGUGUCCCUCUUUGUGAUGGAUGAGAAUGACAAUGCACCCACGGUCACCUUCCCUAGCAACAGCUCCUACACUGUGCUGCCGCCCUCCAGCAACAUGCGCACCGUGGUGGCCACGGUGGUCGCCACCGAUGCCGACACUGGUCUCAACGCUGACCUCAACUACAGCAUCGUCGGGGGCAACCCUUUCAAACUCUUUGAGAUUGACCCAGCCAGUGGCGUGGUGUCACUAGUGGGCAAGCUGGCCCCCAAGCACUAUGGCCUGCACCGCCUUGUGGUGCAAGUGAAUGACAGUGGGCAGCCGCCCCAGUCCACCACUGCCCUGCUCCAUGUCUUCGUCAACGAAAGCCUGUCCAACGCCACCGUGGUGGAGAGCCAGGUGGCCCGCAGCCUUCACACGCCCCUGGCCCAGGACAUUGCUGGCGACCCCAGCUACGAGCUAAGCAAGCAGCGGCUUAGCAUAGUCAUCGGCGUGGUGGCCGGCAUCAUGACUGUCAUCCUCCUCAUCCUCGUGGUGGUCAUGGCCCGCUACUGCCGCUCCAAGGGCAAACACGGCUACGAGGCCGGAAAGAAAGACCAUGAGGAUUUCUUCACCCCACAGCAGCACGACAAGGCCAAGAAGCCCAAGAAGGACAAGAAAGGCAAAAAGGGGAAACAGCCCCUCUACAGCAGCAUUGUCACCGUCGAGGCUUCUAAGCCCAAUGGGCAGCGCUACGACAGCGUCAACGAGAAGCUCUCAGACAGCCCCGGUAUGGGGCGGUACCGCUCGGUCAACGGCGGCCCGGGCAGCCCCGACCUGGCCAGGCACUACAAGUCGAGCUCGCCGCUGCCCACCGUCCAGCUGCACCCGCAGAACCCCACCGCCGGCAAGAAACACCAGGGCCUGAGAGGCCCUAAUUUGCCAGCCCAGCUGCUGCAUAGCUCUGACUGUAGAGAGUGUGACUGCCGCGAGACCUCUCAGAGCGAGGUGUGCCUUCAGGAGUGCCACAAAGCGACUGGCUCUGAUCUCGGCUGUGUUGGUGGAGAUCGGUUCAGUGAAGCUCCGAUAGCCUAA